AAUUCAUUACUUACUUAAGUAAAAGAGAAAGAGAAAUUAAAAGUUUUUAAGAUAUGGAGGGACUUAUAAAGUUGUCAACGUUGAUGAUCGUGUGCAUGUUAGUGACCGCUCCAAUGGCGUCCGAGGCAGCGAUCUCUUGCGGGGCAGUCACUGGCAGCUUGGGUCAAUGCUAUAACUACUUGACCCGAGGCGGUAUCAUUCCACGAGGGUGUUGCUCUGGUGUUCAGAGGCUAAACCGCUUGGCUCGUACCACCCGUGACCGCCAACAAGCUUGUCGUUGCAUCCAGGGAGCAGCUAGAGCCUUGGGUCCCCGACUUAACGCACGUCGUGCUGCUCAUCUCCCUGGUGCUUGCCGUGUUAGGAUCGCUUACCCCAUCAGUGCUAGAACCAACUGUAACACCGUCAGGUGAUCAACAACGGGACAUAGACGUUGAAGGCUUUUCAUAUGAGAGAGUUUUUAAAAAUAAUUAAGAUGUCACUAUACGUACGAGUGUAUCAUUUUACUAUUAUCGUUGCUGUGUUUUUAGAAUUUGUGUUUUUCAUGUCUUUCUUCAUAUAUGAGUGAGACGGUCCAUUUAAUUGGUCGUCUGUGUUGUUAUGUACUCCUCGAAUGAUAUUAUGGAAUUUACGAUAUUUGGAUUAUC